UCGCCCGCCCACCGGCCCCGCGCUCGCUGCCUGCCCGCUCCUGCCGCCCGCCACCCCGGCCAGCCGCGCGCGCUCCAUGGCUGCUCAGGAGUGGGACUGGUUCCAGCGUGAGGAGCUCAUCGGCCAGAUCAGCGACAUCCGUGUGCAGAACCUGCAAGUUGAGAGGGAAAAUGUGCAGAAGAGGACUUUUACACGAUGGAUAAACCUGCACCUCGAAAAGUGUGACCCACCUCUAGAAGUUACGGACCUGUUCGUUGAUAUCCAAGAUGGCAAAAUCCUGAUGGCUUUGCUGGAAGUCCUCUCCGGGCGAAAUCUGCUGCAUGAAUACAAAUCCUCAUCACAUCGUAUUUUUCGGUUGAACAACAUAGCAAAAGCACUUAAGUUUCUGGAAGAUAGCAAUGUCAAGCUGGUUAGCAUCGAUGCAGCAGAAAUAGCGGAUGGCAACCCCUCACUGGUUCUCGGGCUGAUAUGGAACAUCAUUCUCUUCUUCCAGAUAAAGGAGCUCACGGGCAACCUCAGCAGGAGUUCCCCAUCUUCCAGCUUGUCACCUGGCUCGGGGGGCACAGACUCUGACUCCUCCUACCCACCCACCCCCACCACAGAGAGGAGUGUGGCGGUAUCAGUGAAAGACCAGAGGAAGGCCAUCAAGACCCUGCUGGCAUGGGUGCAGAGGAAAACAAGGAAGUAUGGCGUGGCAGUCCAGGACUUUGCGGGCAGCUGGAGGAGUGGACUGGCUUUCCUGGCUGUCAUCAAAGCCAUUGACCCCAGCCUGGUGGACAUGAAGCAGGCUCUGGAAGAUUCUACCCGGGAGAAUCUAGAGAAGGCCUUCAGGAUUGCACAUGAUAUCCUGCAUAUCCCCAGACUUCUGGAGCCAGAAGACAUCAUGGUGGACAUGCCGGAUGAACAGUCCAUUGUGACUUAUGUGGCCCAGUUUCUAGAGCGCUUUCCGGAGUUGGAACCUCAGGAAGAUUUUGUGAAUCCAGACAAAGAAGCCCCCAUUGAGUCCACCUUUGUCCGAAUCAAAGAAAGCCCCUCUGAGCAGGAAAGCCGAGUCCUCCUCCUCAGUGAGAACGGAGAGCGGGCCUACACUAUCAACCAUGAAAGCAGCCACCCACCACCUGCCAAAGUCUUCGUCUGUGACCAGCCUGAGAGCACAAAGGGUUUCUAUCUGGGUGGUGUGCCCAGCCAUAUUCUGUCAGACAGCGCCACUGAGUUCAUGCACCAGAUCAUUGACCAAGUCCUUCAGGAGAGCCCAGGGAAGACCAAUGAGCCAGCUCCAGAGUCUUCCAUCUUAUCAACCAGAAAGGAUGGCCGGAGGUCCAACUCCUUGCCAAUCAAGAAAUCCGUCCACUUUGAGGCUGAUUUGCACAAGGAUGCUUCAUGUAGCAAAGACCCUUUCUACGGCUCAGACUUCCGCUUUGAGGGGAGCCCAAGGGCGGCAAAGGAGCUAUCGAAGCCUGAUAGCUAUGUCUCAGUGGUUGAGGUUGCCAAGGAAAAGAAGACAGAACAGGAAGCCAGGCCAGCACAGGAGGCUGCCUCCGACAAGGGCCCUAGAGAUAUUGUUGGUGUGGAUGGCAUGCCUCAUCACAGUCAGCCUUCCCAGGACCCCACAUUCUGUAAUGGCGCUGUAGAGAGUCCGGCUAGCCAAGGUGAGAAAGGCCCUUCUUCUCCAUCCCCUGGAGAUCAUACUAUCCUGGCCAACUCCACUGAGCUCAAGGUUCAGCUGCUAACUGUUGAGCCUAUGGAUAAAGAUGACUAUUUUGAAGGCAUCCCCCUGAAGGCUUCCAAGUUUAACAGAGACCUCGCAGAUUUUGCUUCUACUAGCCAGGCUUUUGGUGAGGAGCCAUCACCCCGUGAGAAGACACUUGAGGAGGAGGAGGGUUUUGAGACUUAUGCUGAGAAACUGGGGAAAAGGAAGUCAAAGUCUCCCCAUGCAGAGACAGAGUCCCCCGAAUCUCAAGCCAAGCCUGACAAACAUGAGUCUCCUCCCAAGGACCCUGAACAAGAUCAAGACCAUCCUUUAACCUCAGAAGAAACACCAGCAGAUAAGAAACCCGAAGUGUUUGAAAAGGCCAAGAGAAAGUCCACCCGGCAUCGCAGCGAGGAAGAAGGAGAAGUGGAAGACCUCUCUGGAGUCGGUGGAGAAAUGCCAUCCAACCCUCCAAGUGCCAGCGUCAGCCUGGAAACCCUCAGGAGUCACAGCGAAGAAGGGUUGGAUUUCAAGCCUUCUCCACCACUCUCCAAGAUCUCCGUCAUCCCGCAUGACCUGUUCUAUUACCCGCACUAUGAGGUGCCCCUGGCUGCAGUGCUGGAGGCUUACUCAGAAGGUGGGGAGGAUUUGAAAAAUGAAGAUGCCGAUCUAGGGGAGCCAGAAGAGGGCUAUCUGCAGGAUUCCAGGGAGGAGGAGGAGGCCCACAGCUCCCAAAGCAGCUGCAGUUUCUCCUUGCCUGUUGACAACGGCCACCCCAGCCUUGGUGACCAGGUGUCCCAUGUUGAUGAGAAUUCUGAGGGGCCCACAUCAGCCUCAGGAUCUGGUUCACCACCCUCCCCCAAGGACCACCAACAGAGGGAAACCAAAGAGAAUGGCCCUGUGGAGAGCCAGCAGCCCCAAGAACCCCCAAAUCCAGAACACCCCGGAAAACCAAUAGAAGAAAAGUUAACAGAAGUCUCAACUAGCAGUAAAAAGAAAGAAAAAAGGAAACAUGUGGACCAAGUAGAAAGCUCAUUAUUUAUAGCCCCUGGGACUGUCCGCUCCUCAGAUGACCUUGAAGAAAACCCCUGUGAACACAAGAUCCCUUCCAGGAAUAGCCACAGUGACUCCAGCAUUUACAUUCGGCGACAUGCUAAUAGGUCUUUGGAAUUGGACCAUUUUAGCUAUGUUCAAUUGAGGAACGCAGCCGAUCUGGAUGAGAGGAGAAACAGAGUGCUAAACAGGUACAAUUCUCAGAAGCUCACUGAGCUGAUUUUACAGUUUUACGGCAUCAGAGCAGACAUGAAGCGGGAAAGCAAACAUGCCAGGCUGUCUAUGACUGGCACCAACUCCUCUGGAGAAGCUGUGCCCCUGGGAAGCCAGAGCCCACCCAACGACUCUCUGACACAGUUCGUACAGCAGCCUGACGUGAUAUAUUUCAUUCUUUUCCUCUGGCUCCUGGUCUACUGCUUGCUGCUCUUCCCCCAGCUUGAUGUCAGCCGGCUCUGAAACAUGUGUCUGGAGAAUAAAAGACAGGACCCUG